CCCUGAGACCCCGGGGGCCCUGACUGUCCUCUGCCCUGGGGUCCAGAGACGCGCCCGGACCAGCAGGAUGCCUCUCUUCUUCCGCAAGCGGAAGCCCAGCGAGGAGGCACGGAAACGCCUGGAAUACCAGAUGUGUCUGGCCAAAGAAGCGGGGGCCGAUGACAUUCUCGACAUCUCCAAGUGUGAGCUCUCGGAGAUUCCAUUUGGAGCCUUUGCGACAUGCAAGGUUCUGCAGAAGAAGGUGCUGAUUGUCCACACGAAUCACCUCAGCGCUCUGCUCCCGAAAUCCUGCAGCCUCCUGAGCCUCGUAACCAUCAAGGUCCUGGACCUUCAUGACAACCAGCUGACAGUCCUUCCUGAAGAUCUAGGGCAGCUGACGGCCCUCCAGGUCUUAAACGUGGAAAGGAACCAACUGACGUCACUCCCACGCUCCACUGGGCGCCUGGCCCAGCUCCAGACGCUCAAUGUGAAAGGCAACAAGCUUCAGGAGCUGCCCGACACCCUGGGGGAGCUUCGCAGCCUUCGGACCCUGGAUGUCAGCGAGAACCCGCUGCAGAGGCUGCCGCAGGUGCUGGCACACGUCCGUACCCUGGAGACCCUGAGCCUCGACGCCGCGAGCAUGGUCUACCCGCCGCCGGAGGUGUGCAGUGCUGGCACCGCGGCUGUCCAGCAGUUCCUCUGCAAAGAGUCGGGGCUGGACUACUACCCUCCUUCCCAGUACUUGCUGCCUGUCCUGGAGCAGGAUGGAGCCGAGAACUCCAGGGACUCUCCCGAUGGGCCCAUGGCUAGGUUCUCCCAGGAGGAGCUUGAGUGGCAGAACAGGCUCUCGGACUACGAGAAGAGGAAGGAGCAGAAGACGCUGGAGAAGCUGGAGUUCGAGCGGCGCCUGGACCUUGGGCAGCGCCAGUUCACCCGGCUUCUGCAGCAGAGCCACAGCCAGAAGGACGAGAUCCUGCAGACGGUCAAGGAGGAGCAGUCGCGGCUGGAGCAGGGCCUGAGCGAGCGCCAGCGCUACCUGGACGCGGAGCGGCAGCGGCUGCAGGAGCAGCUGAAGCAGGCGGAGCUCGACAUCGCCGGCCGGAUCCAGGCCCUCCUGCAGGAGAACCAGAGGCAGAAGAAAAGCUCUGAGAUUCUGAAGUCACUGGAGAAUGAAAGAAUAAGAAUGGAACAGCUGAUGGCCAUAACCCAGGAGGAGACAGAGAACCUGCGGCGACGGGAGAUUGCCUCGGCCAUGCAGCAGAUGCUGACCGAGAGCUGUAAGAACCAGCUGGUCCAGAUGGCCUAUGAGUCCCAGAGGCAGAGCUUGGUGCAGCAGACCUGUUCCAGCAUGGCCGAAAUGGACGAGCGGUUCCAACAGAUUCUGUCGUGGCAGCAGAUGGACCAGAACAAAGCGAUCAGCCAGAUCCUGCAAGAGAGCGCCAUGCAGCGGGCCGCCUUCGAGGCCCUGCAGGUGAAGAAGGACCUUGCGCACCGGCAGAUCCGGCACCAGAUUAAAUUAAUAGAGACUGAGUUAUUGCAGCUGACACAGCUGGAGUUAAAGAGGAAAUCCCUGGACACAGAGGCACUGCAGGAGAUGGUCUCGGAGCAGCGCUGGGCUCUCAGCAACCUGCUGCAGCAGCUGCUCAAAGAGAAGCAGCAGCGUGAGGAGGAGCUGCGGGCCAUCCUGAUGGAACUCGAAGCCAAAAGUGAGACCAAACAGGAGAACUACUGGCUGAUCCAGUACCAGCGGCUCCUGGACCAGAAGCCCCUGUCCCUGCGGCUGCAGGAGGAAGGCCUGGAGAGCCCGCUGGUGGCCCUCCUCCGGGAGCUGUCGGCCGAGCACUACCUGCCACUCUUCGCUCACCACCGCCUGUCGCUAGAACUGCUGGGCCGGAUGAGCCCCGGGGACCUGGCCAAGGUGGGCGUCUCGGAGACCGGCCUUCAGCACGAGAUCCUGCGGCGAGCCCGGGCGCUGCUGGAGGCGGCCAGGGCCCAGCCAGAGCUGCUGAAACCAGCCAAGGAUGAGGAGCUCCCCCCUGCCCCUGAGGAGCCCGAGUCCACGAGGCCAUCUGCGCCCCCCCAGGAGCUGGAGGUGCCAACCUCAGAGUGUGUGGUGUGUCUGGAAAGGGAGGCGCAGAUGAUCUUCCUGCACUGCGGCCACGUGUGCUGCUGCCAGGAGUGCUGCGAGCCGCUGCGCACGUGCCCGCUGUGCCGCCAGGACAUCGCCCAGCGCCUGCGCAUCUACCACAGCUGCUGAGCCCGCCCCAGCGCCGCGCAGUGCGCCUGCGCGUCUCUCCCCGCUGCGGAGCCGACUCCGCCCCCAGCGCCUGCACCUGCCGCCGCGCGGAGACUGCUGCGC